AUGCCUAAACGUUCGCGUUUGUCUGGAGGAGAUGAGUUUUCUCGCCUUUCUACCGAGGUGCUUGGUCUGCGACUACAAGCCCUCAACCUGCCCUCUGGUGGAACACGGCAGCAACAAAUAGAUCGCCUCCGGCAAGCCACUCGAGGCGGUGAGGAGGCUUCACCUUCAGCCCCGAGGGGCAAAAGGGGGCGCCAAGCGCCCACCAGUCAUCCGACGGAUCCAACCACCAGUCAUCCGACGGAUCCGACCGGUUUUUCUGAAGCCCAGCUUUCGGUAAUACGGAAAACUGUGUCCGACGCUCUCGCAAGUUGGCGACCACCACAACAGGACACUCCAUCACCACCAGUCGUCGCAAGCGAAGGCACUCCUGGCUCGGCGUCUCCCUUGGUUCUCGAUCGCCCAUUGGACGAGGCACUAGAGGGCAAGAUUACUCGGGCCCCUUCCAUCGCUCCGAAGACUGCCCUUCUGGUCAACACCGCCUCGCCACACACCGCUCACCGCGCAUUCAUCGUAACAACGUGUGCUUCGACUUCAACCGAGUCACCGGCUGUUCCCGUCAAGCCUGCAUCUACCCCCACGUUUGCCAAAAAUGCGCCGACUCCCAUCCCGCUCACCAGUGUCGCGCCGGAAUCUCCGCAUCCGCAGGCCAGCGCCAAGGCAACAGAAGCCAAGCUCCGGGUCGCCCAGCUGCACAGUAAAAGAAAGGCAACGAUAAGUACACCGAUUAAAAUAGAUCUUCUAGAACAGGAACUAUCGUCCCAUCCAGAUCGUGAAUUCGUGACUUCCCUACUUAAUUCGUUACGUUUCGGUGCCCGCAUCGGUUUUGAUGGCACCCAAAAGUCUCGUGUUUCACCUAAUCUUAUUUCAGCUCGGGUGCACCCUGAGAUAAUUUCAAAAAACAUAGAAAAAGAGGUCAACUUAGGUCGUAUGGCAGGCCCGUUCUCCGCGUCCCCAUUACCUAACUUUCAAUGCCACCCAGUUGGGGUAGUGCCCAAAAAACAUUCGGCCGACUGGCGCACUAUUUAUCAUUUAUCUUUCCCCGAGGGAGAUAGCAUUAACGAUGGAAUUCCUAAAGACCCUUACUCACUCCAGUACGUUAGAGUGGACGACGCUAUUAGCAUUCUCACCUCACUCGGCAAAGGUGCCUUUAUGGCAAAAACCGACCUCAAAUCGGCGUUUCGUCUAAUUCCAAUACACCCGAACGACUGGAAUUUACUGGGGGUCCGUUGGGAGUCUCGUUAUUAUGUGGAUUUAUAUUUGCCUUUUGGUUUACGCUCGGCGCCGUUUUUAUUUAAUCAACUCUCCGAAGCGCUAAAGUGGGUUCUUAAACAUAAUUACAACGUUCGUAAUGUUAUUCACAUAUUGGAUGACUUUUUCGUAGCGGAGUCAUCUAAACUAGGCUGUUUAGAGAGUUUCACAAGACUGCUUAAAUUCUUUAUCUCAGUGGGGGCCCCUGUUGUGGCUUCCAAAACAAUCGGUCCUAGUACUACACUUGAAUUCAUGGGAAUCGAGCUCGAUACCCUACGUAUGGAGGCGCGCUUACCUUCCGAUAAAUUAGAACGUCUUAAAGCAUCCUUGCGGGAUUUCAAGCGAAAGCGUUCCGCUCGCCUCAUAGAGCUUCAAUCCUUAAUCGGCACUUUGCAAUUCGCCUGCCGCGUUGUUGUUCCGGUUAGAACUUUCCUUCAGCGCAUCAUAGAUCUCACGCGUCGGGUAAAUCACCGAUUUCAUCACGUCAAAUUGAGCCACGGUUUCUUUCAAGAUUUAGCAAUUUGGCAGCAGUUUACGGAGAACUGGAACGGCAAAGCUUUCUUCCUCGAAGAAGCAAUCCGAACCAGCCCGGAUAUGGAACUCUAUUCCGACGCUAGCGGUAGUAUCGGUUUCGGCGGUUACUUCUCUGGGCGCUGGUUCCAAGGCCGAUGGCCGCCUCACCUCGCCAUAUCCAAAAAGACAGGCAUUAGUAUCGAAUGGCAAGAAUUAUUUCCUAUAGUAGUAGCCUGCUCCCUAUGGUGCUCCGAGUUCUCGGGCAAGCGAAUUCAGUUCUGGUGUGACAAUCAAUCAGUCGUUCACAUUGUCAACACAGAUGGCACGAUUCAGAGAGCUCGCACCGGCCGCGGACCAGACCCCUUGUGUCAUCCCGCCUUCGCUAAUGACCCUCUAACGCGCGAGGUGAAACACUACGCUGAUAAGGCCCUUGCUAUCAACACCAAACGCACUUAUCACGCAGGCGAGAAACAGUUCAUUGACUUCUGCCUCAUGAAUAGGCUUUUUGACAGCCACGGAGACAUUCUCCCAGCUAGUGAGAGUACUCUUAUCUAUUUUGUUACCUUUCUCGCGCGUAGAGUAAAGCACGGUACUAUUCGCACAUACUUGGCGGCCGUUCGCAACAUGCACAUCGAAAACGGAUUUCAGGACCCUAUACAGGGUCGCCUAAUUUUAAACAAGGUUUUGCGGGGCAUUUUACGGGUGCAGGGUCAACACAAAACAGCUCGUCAACCCGUAACUCCACAGCUCUUAAAAGCCAUUCGUCCGGUUUUGCUUAGCUGGCUAAGCGCACAUGAUUUCCAUAUGAUUUGGGCGGCAUUCACACUUGCCUUUUUUGGUUUUUUACGUUGUAGUGAGUUUACUUGCCCAGGCGUACGCAGCUUUGACAUAGUUUAUAACUUAUCUCCAGUCGACAUAAAUUUCCACCCUAACCCUUCAGCACCGCUUUACAUGAAAGUCGUCAUUAAGGCAUCCAAAACCGACCCUUUCAGGCAAGGCACCGUUUUGACAAUCGCACGCUCCGGUUGAGACCUAUGCGCAGUGUCCGCGAUGCAAGAGUUCGUUCGCAUCUGUGGGUACACAACAGGACCAUUUUUUCGGUUUCGUUCCGGUAAAUACCUAACUCGGUCAUUGGUCUCUAGCAUUCUUAGAGACGCAGCACGCGCUUGCGGCCUUCCUCAUAGCAGUUUAAAGGGGCACUCAUUUAGAAUUGGGGCGGCAAGCUGCGCUGCCGCUGCAGGCCUGCCCGACUGGCUUAUCAAAGUGCUUGGUCGUUGGUCCUCUGAUUGCUACCAGCUUUACGUACGUACACCACAAAACAUUUUAUUAACUGCUGCACCAAAAAUGGCGAUAGUCCAGCCUGUCACUCUGACUUAAGCAUUGUUGUUAUUGCGCUUGGGGGGAUGCAUUCUGCAUCUUGUGGCGGUUAGUUCUGUCUGACGACUUCCCCAAGCGGGGUUUGUUUGCUAUAAGGUGUGCUUGUGCGUUUGUGGACCAGCCAAUACUCUCGUCCGAUCCUUCACGCGGAGUGUAGGGGAGAUGAGUGAGGCCUAAAGGUCAUAUGCUUACACUACAGUUGCUACGUCACGCGCUAGUCGUCACGUCACGCUAACUCGCUUUCGAUCGGUCUGUCUCCCCCCCAUAUUCUGCCAUA